AACCUAUGGGCAAACCUGACCCUGGUCCUUGUCUCUAUGGAUACAAUAACAAUGAAUAUGGCGGAGGUCGAUGAGGAGAUUAGCAUGAUGGAACCAGUCACACCUAGUGUCACCAUCGACAUAACUGAAACACGGCCAGCAACUCAUGCUCUCUUGGACUCGGAAGAGACACCAGACAUAGUAGAAGCGGAUGCAACACAUGUUUUGGAUAUGUCCAGCAGCCGUGCAUUGAGUGAGACCAGUGUUAUAGACACCCAAGCAACAAUCUCUGAAAUCAUGCGACUCAUGGAAUCGGAUCCAUUUGAUGCUGACCAAGCUGAACUUCGAUUUUUACAUUCUAAGCCAACAUGCUUCAUAGUCUUGGGCAAGCCAGGUGCUGGCAAGACCACCUUGGCAAAUAAACUUGCCCAGACAUGGCACUGUCAACUACUGCAUGCCACAGACUUGAUCCUUCUGCACAUUGAGCUUCAAACAGAAACUGGUAUUAAGAUGCAAGAGAUUCUGUUGAAAGGAGAAGCGUUACCAGAGGCUAUGGUUGCUAAGAUGAUUGAGGACAAAAUAAACUCCCCAGAAGUGGCUCAUCAUGGUUAUGUACUUGAUGGUUUCCCAUCGCUAAGUGAAGACUACAUGACAAUCCCAGAUCAAUUGGAACUUGUUAAAAAUUGGAACUUGAAACCAGACUUCAUCAUUAACAUAAAGAUACCAGAUAAUGACUUGUAUGAGAGACGAGUGAACCAGCGAGUAGACUCACUGACUGGGAACAUUUACACUAAAGAGGUUUGGAGUCCGGAGAAAUCUGACACUUCACAAGUAAUCAAAGAUGGUGAUGAGGAUGAAGAAGGGGAGGAAGAAGAAGAUGAAGAAGAGGAAGAAGAAGCAGAACCAAUAGAAGAGGAAGGGGAAAUUGAUGCUGUUCCUGAGCUAAGCUUUGAAAUUCUUGAACGACUUGUGCGAAGACCAGAAGACCUUGCUGCGUAUGUCACAGCUAAUAUCAAAUCCUACAAAAAUGGCAUGCUUAGACUUUAUGAGGAUUACAUGGCAGAUCAUGAUCAGCAAUAUUUGAUUGAACUAGAUGGAAACAAAACGCCAGGCACGCUGUUUAAAGACCUUAUGCUCAAGCUGAACACAUUUACACUACGCCGUGCAGCAGUACCGAUCCGUCUUCAAAACACUGAGGAAGAAGAGAUACCUGAGGAUGUGGAAACGGAAGAGUUAAUGCGAACAUUAGCAAGCACUGAGAUGGUGGCCCCGCGGUACCGCUGGCGACGUAGUCGUUGGGCACGUGCUUGCCCUGUGGAACUGCAGAAGGGGAAUGUAAUCAUGGGAAAGCCAGAAUAUGCAGUCGGUUUCUUGGAUAAAAUAUAUGUGAUGUCUGGACCAGAGGCUUUUGAGAAGUUCUUGAAAAACCCCAGGCCAUACUUGAUUGGACCACAACCGAGGCCUCCAUGCAAACUCAGUGUAGUUGGCCCACCUCUAGCUGGAAAAACAUCCAUCUCGCAUCUUCUUGCUCAGAAGUUUAAUGCUAGGGUCCUUGAUGUAACUGAAUUGAUAAAACCAAGAAUGAAGGCUCACAAAGAGAAACAGAUUCAGCUUGCCACAGAAGAGGCCAAAGAAAAUGCAAUUUCUUCAGUCAAAUCAAAGCUUCGAGAGGAAAGAGAAGCCAAUGUAUUUGAAUCUUCAGACGAGCAGCCUGAUCCCAAUGAGGCUGCACAGGAUGAGCAGUCCGAUGAUCCUACUGCGGCCGAGCAACUUGCUCGUGUCAAGGCCCGCGAAGAAUCCGAGGCAGCUGAAGCCGAAGCAGAAGAAGAAAGGUACAAGUUGACAACAGACACUGAAGGUGAAAAAACACCUCGUGAAGGAGAUGAGGAAAAGGAUACAGAUACAGAUGAGAAAAAUGAGGAUAGAGUGGUUGAGAAAGAAGAUGAAGAUGAGGAAGAUAAAGUAGAUGACAGUGCAACUGUGAAAGGUUCUAUUGCCCCAACUGAACCAGCAUCGGGAGUCACUGAGUCGGAAUACAACAAACCAGAUUCACUAGACCCUGAGGUGAAUGAAUCACACCCUGAGGUCCAGGCGGCCAUUGAGGCUGCCAUUGUGGAAGCAGAAUCUCAGGUGUACUCGUUGGCACCAGAACAGUAUGUCGAUGCUAUAGAGGAGGCCAUCAAUGAAGUUCACAAGGAACUGAAACGAAAGGAUCAAAAUGGGCCUGGUGCUGGUGGUUGGGUUCUGGAUAAUUUCCCACAAACAAGGGACCAAUGGAAUGUUCUAAUUGACCGUGGAUUGGCCCCUGAUGAGGUCAUCAUGUUGAAAGAUACAAGUGAGGGCGGUGUUUCAUUACUCAAACGCUGGUAUAAACUGAACAAGGAGGAAGUGGACAUGAAAGCUAGAAUUCGUCAAGAGGAAGAAGAAGCAGAAAAGAACAGAGUGUUAGAGGAUGCCAGACUUCAGGAUGAAAGGAGGAAAAUUGAAGAGGAAGAAAGAAGGCUGGCUGAAAUUGAAGAAAGACGCCAAAAAAGAAUUGAAGAUGGUGAAGACCCAGAAGACAUUGGUACAGAUGGAGAGGGAGAUACAGAGCAAGAACAGGAGCAGGAACAGGAGGGAGGACAAGAAGAAGAUGAUGUCGUCACUGCUGAAUCUAAAACAGCGCCCUCUGCUGAGGCUGAAUCUUCAACCCUGUCUGUGGAAGGAGAAGCAGAGGAAGAGGAACAUGUUGAUGUACCCAAAGAGGACCCCCUACCACCUGAAGGUCCCGAGACCCAGCGGUUUAAAGACUUGAGGGCUGAUUUUGACCGUGAAUGGCCAUCCAUCCAGGGAAUGCUGACCGGUAUGGUGAACAUUGAGCCAAUUGCUAUUGACAUAGAGGUCAAGAAAGAAGAGGACAUUUUGAAGGAGGCAGUUACUGCUGUAGAAUCACCCUUCACCUACAGACCUUGGGAGUACACAAGUAUUGACAUGGAUGAGGAUGAUGAGGAUGCAGAGGCAGAAGACGAUGAUGAGAUGGAAGAGGAAGAGGAUGAAGAAGUUGCCAAGAAUAAGAGGAAACCUUAUGGUGACACAAAGCACUUCUGCCCAGUAUCUUAUGCAGAAAAGUAUGUCCUCUGGCCUGGUAACCCAGAAAUUGCAGCCAAGUACAGGGAACAAAUCUGGUAUUUUUCAAACAGUGAAGAGAGGGAUAAAUUUCUGGCAAAGCCAACAGCAUAUGUUGCCAAAUCAAAACCAUUCAAGCCUCCACCAGUUCGACUCUUCAUGCUUGGCCCAAGGGGUGCAGGGAAGUCCCUUCAUGGGCGCGCACUAGCCAAGAAGCUUGGCAUCUUCCACAUCUCUUUCAAGGAUCGUCUUCAAGAGCUUAUCAUUGCAAAAACUAAGAAGAAGGUGGGGCCAGAAUACGAAGAGGAGGAGGAAGAGCCUGACAGCGAUGUAGAAGAUGGUAUCCAAGGGCCAGAUGGAGAAGGUGUGGAUGGAAGUGGGAAACCAAAAGGAGCAAAGGAAGAACAGGAAGCAGAGGGUGGUGAAGAGGAAGAACAAGAAGUUGAACUAACAGAAGAAGAGGAAAACAUCAAAGCAUAUCUGAUAGACGAUGAAACACUGCCACAUGAGACCUUAGAGAAGAUCAUUUCUCCCUGGUGGAAUGAGGAACCAUUUAUGUCAACCGGCUUCAUCCUAGAGGGCUUCCCACAUUCGGCCGACGAGGCAAAUUACCUAGCCGAGCGAGGCCUCUUCCCAGACCUUGCGGUGUCCUUAAUCGUUGAGGACACUGACAUUCAGUCUAGACUGCUACCUCCAAAACUGAAGAAAUGGAAAGAAAGGAGAGACAGAAGGCUUGCCAAGAAGGAACGAAGGAAGGCGAGGAAGAAAAAGGAAAGAGAUGCUGCCAUCAACAAACGUAAAUUAGAGUUGCAGACAGAGAUGGCUGAUAAGAAAGCUGAACGAUUGGCAGCACGCAAGGCUCAACGGGCAGCUGAAAGGGACAGUGAUGAAUCUGAAGGGUCAGAUGAAGAUAUGGACGAUGAUGAUGAGGAGGACGAUGACAUUGAGGCACUGCUGGCUGAAGAAUUUGAAGAAGAGGAGGAAGAGGAGGAGGAAGAUGAAGAACUGGAGGAAGACGCCAUUGACCGGUUAAAGAAUGAGAUUGGAGAGAUGUAUGAUGAGGACACCAACAGAUUGGUUUCACUGCAGGAAAAUCUUGAGGAGCUGAUGGUUCCCCGGAUUGAUAUCAAUGCAGGCCGGAAGCCACACAUUGUAAGGUAUACCCUUGAGCAGAACCUUAAGCCGGUCAUAGACUAUCGUCCAAGUUUGUUUGAGAGAGUUUACCCAAUCAAAGAAAGCGUUGCUAAGAAGAUGCUAGAGGUUGGCUAUAAACAUCCAAGUAGGUUUGGCAGAUGGUGUCCAGUCAAGACAAUGGAAGGUGAUUGCAUUCAGCCAAUGCAGGGCCCAGGAUUUACCACGUAUCCAGUCAUUUACCGCCAGCAUAUAUAUUUCUUAUCAAGCAUACGGGCACGGGAGCAGUUUAUUGUCAAUCCGUUGAAGUUUCUGAAGCAACCGUCACCAAAACCAGUGGUGCCAAUUAAAAUGGCCAUCAUAGGCCCACCGAAAUGUGGAAAGACAACCUUGGCCAAUCGUUUCGUGUCUGAAUAUGGUAUGUUACGGUUGUCAAUGGGAGAAGCCCUGCGUUUCGUGCUCGACAAACAACCUGCAACGGAGCUUGCUAAGAAGCUAAAUUCCCAUCUUAGACAAGGAAAAGUUGUCCCAGAUGAACUUGCAGUGCAGGCCCUAGAGGUAUCACUCACAAAUAUGAGGUGUCAUACAAGAGGAUACAUUCUUGAUGGCUACCCACUCACAAAGAGACAAGUAGAUUUGAUGACUGAAAUGAAUAUCAUACCUGUAGUUGUACUAGAGCUGGAGGUUGACAGUAGAGAGGUUAUGGUGUGGGGAAUGAAGGACAGGUACUCACCUGACAGAUCGCUUCCUCUUCACGACAGUGCUCAGAUCCUAGCCAUACGGAUAGCAAGCUGGCAGAAAGAGAUCACUGCUGUCCGAGAAUGGUACAAGGAACAGCACCGGAACUGGGUGAUGGUGAACGGACAACAGUCCAAGUGGAAAGUGUGGGAAAUGGCAAAGGCCGAAGCACACAGAAGUGUUAGACAGAUUCAAACAUACCUGCAAAGAUUAUCAGAAGGAAAAGCUGCCUCUAUCGCAGACAUGUGCAUAACACCAAAAGAAUGCCUAGCCCGACUUGGUAUCUUCCAACAAUACUGCCCGGUGAGCCUGGCAAACAAAGGCGAACUUGUAGACUGUUCUACGAAUCCCACCCUAGAAUUCACAGCAGAAUUUCGUGGUAGGUACUACAAGAUGGAAAAUGCUGAAAAGUUAGCAGAGUUCCUGGAAAACCCUGAGAAGUAUGUUCCACCACUUGCCCCACGGAAACUGCCUCCGUCUGAAAUGCUCCCGAGACGCAGAACUGCCAUGGAUGCUAAGAGCAUGUUCCCAAUUCAGAUUGAGUUACAGGGGUAUUGUCCAGUUACAUUUCUAGAUGGGAAGCUUAGGUAUGAGGCGAUUGUUCCCGGCAAUCCAGAAUUGAUUGUAGAAUACCGAGGCAACCUUUACUGUUUUGUUACAGAGGAGAAACUUCAAAAGUUCCUUCGAACCCCUGAGAAGUACUAUAACUUGAAGUUACCGCACAAGCUACCGCCUAAACAGGACCCAUUGCUGGUUACAUCAUUGCCAAUGCUAGGCUACAUGGAACAGACUCUAUCUACAGCUAUUACCAAAAGUCUGACUGCUGUAGGGUGCUUUAAGCCUAAAUAUCCAUUUGUUAGUGCUUCACGAUCAGCACUGCUCUAUGUCGCAUACCACCUUAAAGCUUACAACCCCAAAAGCUCAGAGUAUGUCCGAAAGAAGUUUAAGAAGAAACUGAUGCAAUUCGAAGAGCAGUGUGAACUGAUUAGGUAUUUAGGAGACAAUAUGACCUUAAAAUACCGUGACCCUGGCACCCGACCAAUAGAUUUUGACCACAAAAUGAACACCUUUUUGAAUUUAAGAGGCACAGAGCCUACCCCUACCUGGCUCAUGUAAACUAACUGUUGUGUAUAUAAGUAUAUGAUAACAAAAUAUCCAAAUGUUUGCAGAUGAAACAAGCAAUCCACCCAUUACUAAUAUCAAAUGAUUAAAAAUAUAGUGAUGUUAUUACAAAUGGAAUAUAAACAUAUAUUCUGUACUUUUUUUAAAAAAAUGUUUAAAAAAAAUUUAAAUUUUAUCAUCUAUGUUGUAUAAUAUUUGUGUUCACAUUAUCCGUCCAAUAAAUAUCUAUCCUGCUCAGAAUAUAUACAUUAGUCUUUAAUUUAUUUAAAUUAUAUUUUUGAGAGACUUACAGGUUAUAGUUUAGUUAAAAAUCAGAAUUUUUUAAAAAUUUAACCACUUGUAUAACAACCUAUACAGUAUUUUUCUUAUACCAUAUGUAUUUAAUAGGUUUACUGUAUUUCUAGUAAUAAUUCACACAAACACCCAAGCAGGCUGUAUUUGACAUUGUUAGCUCCUCUUAACUUCAUAAUGAAAACUUUUCAUAAAGAGAACUUUUAUUUAUAAUUAUGUAUGAGAAUUCAUAUUUAUGUAUGGUUGUUCUGUGUUUUUCAAAGUAAUCCAGUUAUUGUCACUUUUGAAGUUAGUACUUUGAUUCACCUGCUAUCCACAUUAGUAUCUAGGACUACAAAUAGGUGCGGUACCUGAUAGGGUGUUGUUGCAUUGAACGUGUUUGUCAAUACCUAGUGCAUUGCAUUGUAAUACUGCAGAAUAAUAAAAUAUGAAUAUGCCCCUGUAACUGUUUUUGUACCGGUAUUCAUAUUUUAUUAACAAAUGAAUAUAGAAAUGGGAAAAUUGAUGGGAACAUUUCCCUAAGAUUAACUUAUCUGUACAAGUUAUCUUUAAAGAACUGUUUCAUAUUCCAAUCCAGUUUCGUUAUAUAUUUAAACAUUUUUUACUGUUAUCUUUCAGCAUCUAUGUCAAAGCACUAACACAUAGCCUUGAUUGGUAUGACCAUAAUAUAAAAUUACCAAUGUCUUGACCAUGCCUUUACUGAAUUAUAGACAUACAGUAUUAUGUCAACACUGUCUAUACAAAUUAGGGAUGUUUUUCGGUAACAUCUGCUUGUCAUAUUGCUUUAUGUAUUAUAUGUAUUAAGUACUACUACUGUACCAUAAAGUUAUAUCCAUCCAACAAAUAUACAGCUGCAAUGUAUGUAAAUAUUGACUGAUGUAUUUAAAGAGUUAUUCCAAUGAUGAUUUCUGUAUAUAAAAUUGAUUAUUUGCAUUGAAGUGUUUAUCGAUAGAAGUUAUUAAAAAAACUUUCAGUCAUUCAUCGUA